CUUGGAGAGCAAAGCAGAGGGAAGCUACGCAGUAACGUUGAGCCCCGCAAUGCUAUCCAGAUGCGCCCUUGGUGGCAAGCCGGUCAGCUUCGUGCUUGUACAUGCAGCACAUCUUGAGAGCAAAAAGCCGGCCAAGACGACCCAGAACGCCCACCUCCUCAUCUCUCUCUCCAAAAUCCAGCAGGCAUGAACCGCAACAGCCGCAAGAUGGACCUCUCAGGCUCCAAGCAUUGUAUUGCACUCCCCACAUCAAGGUUCCCGGCAAGCUAUUUGUGUCUCCGCUGCUGGUUACCUUUGUUCCAGACCCUGAUGACAAGCACGUCCAGGAGUUUGGAGGUGAACUCUACACAGUUACAUUGGAGGUGCAGGAUCUUUUGCAAUGUGGAGGCAUCACUAUGCCGCAGGAGGACGGCACUGACUUGGCCUAUUUCCUUCAGAUGGAGGUCAGGACGCUAAAUGGCCAGAUAUUCCGAACUCCAGAGGACCAGCAGGACCCAUGGUUCCUUGUCUUCCGUUUGCUGGACAAAGAGGACCUGCGUCAUGCAACUGCACUUCUCUUGGAGGCCAAGCAGGCCCAUCCUGGUCAUCAUGCAGGCUGGACACAGACAUCCGUGCCGUUUCCGUGUUUGGAUUGCAUGGCAGAGCUCGAGCAUGCGGUCCACCACCACCAGCUCCAGCAACAACUGGACAAGAAGAAGGACCGAUCGUCUUCUUCUUCUGCAGCUCGUUUGAUGGGAAGCUUUGCAAACUUCCUAUCAGGGCCGCGCGACUCCAAAGCCGCUGAUGCACAAGGACCUUCUCCAGCGAAACCCAGCGAAGUUGUGGAGGAAGCAGGCUGCCACGUUGACAAGGUGGUUUUUCAACUACCAGAAAACUGCCAACGGUCGGUGUUGAACAAAGACCUCGCGGAGGCAUUGUUGGACUAUCUUCCUGUUGGACUCCGACUCCCUGGCCUUGUUCAGUGGGUGCUCAGAUACACACCCAAGGCACACGGAGUUUCUUUAGCCACUAUGUUUCGAAACCUCGCUGAGCGAAAAAAGACCAUCAUCAUCAUUCAAGACACCGAGGACUACAUUUUUGGUGGUUUUGCAACUUCAGCUUGGGAGCCUUGUGGAAGGUUCUAUGGCUCUGGUGAGGCCUUUGUUUUCUCCUUCGGCAAGGCUUCAACUUCGGAGGUUGCUCUCGUUCAAUUCUUUCCAUGGUCUUCUGUCAACGAGUGCUGCAUGUAUGCAGACCAUAGUUUGUUUGGAAUGGGUGGCGGAGAAGGACGGCAUGCCUUUGUUGUGCAGGCUGAUUUGCUGCAGGGACAUUCAUCUCCAACUCCGACAUUCAAGCUUGGUCCUUGAUGUGAUGGUAGCAGCGGUUUUGUUUGAUUUACUAUAAAUCUUUACCUUAGCGCGCCUGUUUGAGUUUUUGGAAGUACUGUUUUUUUUUGUAUUAUUUGUCCUGCAUCACGUGUGGCAAGGAACUCCAUCCUGGCUGCAACUGAAGAGUUUGUAGUGCGUGAUAUUGAAGUGGGCACUCAUCAAGUCGUCAUUGAAGCUAUAUUCCAAAGGAACUUCAAUGUCACGCUAUGGGCUGAGAUCAUCUGAGAUUUGUAGGCAGACAAGUGUACUUUCAUUGCGAGCUAGGAGGAACAGGACUUUCGCUACAGUAGUUCAAAUACAGCUCGAUGUAGGAUUUCUGCCACAGACAUUGUUGUGGUGAACAAUUUCAAAUCUCAUUUUAUUAUAUAGCUUGCACAAUGGCAAAGCAAUGCAUCAAAUGCAUUCAAAUGUCAGGUGGUCGCUAGAAGAGGUGUGAGAUGCUGAACAUCCUGAUGAGCAUGAAGCUGAACAUAGCUGAACAGACGCCGUCAACGACUGACAUCGCCUGCAAGGAAUGAGAGAUGAGAUGGCAACAGUGGGACUCCUCCCAGUUUGUGCAAGCACAAACCUGGAGCUUCGAUGGACAUCGGACUCACCUCAGGGCGUCAGAGCGGAGAG